UUGGGGAUCCUCAGGGCAUCAAAAGACCCCAGAGGAGUUGACAGUAGUGUCCUGCCAUGCCCUCUCCCUUUGGGGGUGCCAGGAGAGGUGAACCCCAAGUACUCCUGAUGGCCCCCAUUUGUAGUGGUCCACUCUUUGUGGCAGUCCCCCUUCUGUGGUGGUCCCCCAGUCAUGGUGGUCCCCUGUUUGUGGUGGUACCCUUUCAUGAUGGUCCCCCUGGUGCAGAUGGCUGGGGGUACCGAUGCCCUGCACGAAGGAGCAAAGGAUCAGAAUACAGGACAAAGGGAUGUGGAAAUCCUCUCCAAGGUGGAGGGACAGCCCCCGAGCUCCCUCAGGGCCUGCAAAGGGCACCAAAACUGCCUUUGGCAGUGCCCGUCUGAAGCACAGCAGGGACGGGGACGCUGCUACACAUUUCUGGGGGUGCUUCUCCUUGGGGGAGAAGCCUUUUGGCGGGGAUCUUGGGGUUUCCUCCCUCCCGGAUGGCCGGGAAGGGCUGAGCCGGCUGUGAAGCGUUUUCCGGGCGGGAAGCGGGGCUGUGAGCGGGCUCUCUGAGGCUCCGCCGCCCAGUCACGGAGGAGGAGUUAUUCCCGGAGCCGCAGAAACCGAAAGUACAGGCGGGGCAGGCAGCGCGGGCGGACGCAGGGAUCCGUCUCUUCCCGCCCCGCCAUGUCCCUGUCCGGCUCCCGAGCCCCGCUCCUAGAAGAUGACUUUCAGUUCCUCCUUUGUGAGGGCUGCCAGCAGGAAUCGCCCAACCUCAAGCUCCUCACCUGCCUCCACACCUUGUGCCUGGGUUGCCUGAGCAAGAACGAGCCCGUCGGGCAGUGCCCCGUGUGCUGCACGGCCAUCCCGCAGGCCGAUGGCAUUCUGGUCAUGGACAACCUGCUCUUCACCAACCUGCAGGCCCGGCUGAGGGUCUACAAGCAGAUGGUUGAUGGAGUUGACUUGUUUUGCGACAACUGCAGGAAAUCUGGGGAGUUCUGGUGCUCCGAGUGCUUCGAGUUCCUCUGCACCAAGUGCUUCGAGGCCCACCAGCGCUACCUGAGGUGGGAGAGCCACAGAGCCAAGAGGGUGAUGGACGUCAGGGCAGGGUCUGCAAAUGACUUCCUGCAGGGAAUCAGGAGGACAGGUAGCUUGUCCUGCUCCAAACCAGACCACAGGAGCCAGCCUGUGAGCAUCUACUGCCAGCAGUGUGAGAAGGCGCUGUGCUGCUCGUGCGCGCUGCUGGACAACCAGCACUCGCAGUUCAGCGACAUCUGCAGCGAGACCCAGCGCAGGCAGGAGGAGCUGAGCUCCAUGGAGCGGGAGCUGCGGCGUCGCCGGAGCGGCUUCGAGGCCACCUACGCGUCCCUGCAGGGCGAGGCCGCCCGGCUGGAGGAGGCGCAGCGGGAGACGCGGGAGCUGAUCCGUCAGCGCGUGGAGCAGCUGGUGCGGCUGAUCCGUCAGGAGGAAGAGGAGCUGUUGGGGCUGGUGGAGGCGCGUCAGGAGCAGGGCCGUCGGGAGCUGGCGCGGGAGCUGCGGCACGUGGAGGGGGUGCUGCGGCGGAUGGAGGCGGGCGAGAGGCUGGUGGAGAAGAUGAGCCUGUACGCCACGGAGCAGGAGGUGAUGGACAUGCAGCCCUUCAUCAAGGGCUCGCUGCAGGAGCUCCAGCGGCUGCAGCCACCAUCAGCCGGGGACCAAGCGGAGCCUGGGCCCUUUGCUGAGUGCAGGGCCAGGCUGCAGGCGCUGGUGGAACGUGUCACGGAGCACCCAGCAACAGGUACCUCCACUUCCCAGCACAACUCCCUGUCUGACGAGAGCACUGUGAUCCUUGACCUCAAGCAUCCCGGGCAGGAUUGCCAACCACAAGGAGAUCUCCCUGUGGACCUGCUGGCCCACCACCAGCCCUGUGCCCCUGUGUCAGACCCCUCUGGUGGCCGAGGACAUGUGUGCCCAAACCAGGGAGGGGGUAUGUCCCCCCCCCUACCCGCAGCUCCAGCUCGUCUGAUGCAGAGGGAGGAAGAAGCAGAGGAAGACUCAGGCUCAGCCCAUGGGGACACUGUGCCUCUUCCCAGGAGCAUCCAGGACUCUCUGGCCUCCCUGCAGGAAGGUUUUGAUGGCUGGGCCAGGUCCAACGUGCAGCAGGCAGACAAGCUCCUGAGGAUGGGCACUCGCCUCCUGCAAGCUCAGCAGAGGGCAAACAGGCACCUAGUGGCCAUGACCCGGGAGAUCCGGGCCACGUCCCAGUCCCUGGCCACCAUUGCCUCUGCUGUGGGACCCCUGGUGCAGUCUGUGGCCUGCCCACAGAACCCCUCCACCGCAGACAUGGACUGGCCAUCGCUGCCCUCCAACUUGCUGGACUUAUUCCCUUCCAGCACCCCACAGAAGGAUGAACUGCCGGUCCCAGUGGCUGCUGUGGCCCUCUCCCCCAGAACACCCCCUCCUGCCACCCCCCCUGCCAGCCCAGCGCGCUCUGAGACCCCCAGCCUAGAGUCUGAGUGGGAAUGCCCCAAAUCAAUGCUUCCCACCAGGGGCAAGCGGGGUGGGCAGCCCUGCAGGAGACUUCGGAAGCGGAGGAAGUGAGGGUCUGCAAAGCAGGACGUUUGCCAUGGACUGUGGCUGCUUGGAAAACCCUCCAGAGGUCCCUGUGGAGACCUUUAGGGCUCCAUUUCACCUUACCAUGCCA